AUGGGACUUUCAAAUGAUGCUUUUUAUCAUUGUAGUAGUUUAUCAAAAAUUAAAUUCUCGCGAAAAUCGAGAAAUGUAACAAUUGGAAAUUCAUGCUUUUCAAAAUGCAAUUUUGAAGUAUUGGAAAUCAACAAUUCUAUUGGAUAUAUCAAAUCAAAUGCUUUCUCAAAUUGCCCAAAUCUUCGAGAGAUUAGAUUUAAUUAUCUUCCUCUUGUAGAUGGAAGCGUUUUCUUUGAAUGUUCAAAUGUUAUCAAAAUAACAAUAUCUAAUAUUAAUGAUUUUAAAAAACAGUAUUUUGAUUUAAUGUUUUCAGAUGUUAGAAAAAAUAUCAAAGAAGUAGUUUCAUUGCCAGAUUCAAAUCCAGAAUCCUUAUUUUCUAAUUGCAAUAAUCUUGAAUCAGCCGCAAUUUAUGAAUCUGUAAUCAGCGCUUCUCUUUUCGAAAAUUGUACAAGUUUGAAAACAGUACGUUUCAACAUGGAUGGGAUUACUGUUAACGAGCGAGCAUUUUAUAAUUGCAUAAAUCUUGAUCGUAGAAUUCUUAAAAAUAUUUCUUCAAUUGGGAAUUUAGCAUUUUAUAGAUGCAGAUUUUUUCAUUCGCUAAUAAUUCCAGAUAAAAUUAAGCAUAUUGGAUCAAAGGCUUUCCAUGAAACAGGAAUCAAAAAUAUUCAUUAUUGUUCAAUUGGAUUUUCCUGUUCAGAAGAUGCAUUUGAUAGUGGUUCAAAAGCAUAUGUUACAGAUGAAUUCGGUGACUCAAAACUUUGUGAGUUAGAAACAUCAAAAAUUAAUAAAUCAGCUUGCAAUAUUAUUCGCCCAACAAGUUUUGAUCUAGUUCCUCUCAGAGUCGCCCAUUUUCGUAGAAGAUAA